GUAUAUCAUUAACCCACAUUUAUGAAGGGCCCUCUAAAAAAAGUACGUUAUUGUCUUCCGUUCACCUUCAGCGUGCAGCUGACCUGGAAAGCGAGGAGAACUGGGCGAGAGUUGUCGCAUUUUGUGUCCAGCGUUUCGCCAUCCGCACAGGGCGAAGGCUGAUUAACUGCGGAGAGCUCACCUCCCGCGCUGAGGGGUGGGGGUCCUUCUCGCGCUGGGUGAAGGUAGAAACGGGUGCCAUUUAUUAUUCUGAAAGAAAUGCAGAGGUCCGCGGUUCGGAAAACAAUUUUGUUUUUCCCCCCCCUUUGCCUUAUAAUGGGAUUAUGUUACAAUAGCAAGUAAAGACUUCAGGGAAGUGAAAGCUGUUAUUAAAGGGAAGAAGGUUUUAAUUGGAGGAUGGGGACUUCGGCUGUUUGGAUGGUGGUGGAGUGUGCUUGCAGGAUACUUGGCGUUUCAACAGCGGCAGUGAUGUGUGCAGUUGGGGUGGAGACACUGAGGCAGGGAGAGUUCCACAGCCUAGCUGUUUAUCUCCUUGUCUCCUCGGCUGGGAUGCUGGUGUUUGAGCUGUCCUUCUUCACUGACAUCUUGCUGAUGUGGUGUCUGCCGUGCCCUCCCAAGUGGAAAGUGUUCGUCUUGUGGAAGAAGUUGGCCACCCUGGGAGGCUUCCAGAAGUUUCUCUACUACACCCUGAUGUCCGUGGUGUGCUUCCUGCACCCCGUCCUGCUGUGGCACGCCGUUAUCCCAGGCACCAUGCUCCUGGUCACGGGCUUCGCCUACUUCCUCCUGAGCAAAAAGCAGAACGGGUCAUCGGCCAAGGAGCCCGCCGGCGCGGCCGGCCGCUACGAAGACGCGUCCACGGUGACCACCGUCGCCAGCGACGGCGGGGAGGCCGAGCAGACGUACUCCUUCUUCCGCAUCGCCGCCGGCAACCGGACCUCGGCGCUGUCCUACUUCCCCGGCGCGGGCGACAAGCGGGCUUCGAGGGACGGCGCCCAGGCGACGCCGGAGGCCCAACCGGCCGCGGAAGCGUCGGAGGUUCCCUCCGGCAAGCGCGACAAGAGACGCGUCUGUUUUAACGACAAGUACGCCGUCGGAAGCGAGACUGAGACUAAAAUGCAGGAAUACCAGGACGCGGAGCACGAGGAGACGACCUCAGACAAAGCGCCGAUGAUCAGACCGUGAGAACUGCCGUCGCACUCCAUAACCCGUCAAAUUCUGUGACCCUAGAGUAGCAUGUGACUUGGUCUGAACUAUGGAAAAAAAAGACUGAGAGAUUGACCAAAUAUAGCCAGGUGAAGUCUCACUAAAGCAAUUUUCACAGGGCUCAAUACACAAGUUAUGGCCACCAGUUAUGGCCACACUGCUAUCAAAAUAUGUGACCCGGCCGUGAAUUAGGUGAAAUUGCUCUCAACACCCACUAUGGUCACAGAAUCUGACUGUCGCAAUUUUUUUGGUGUAACACCGCCACCAGGGGGCGACACAAGAAUCACUUUCAUCUAAUCACAGCUAGAGCCACAGACUCCACUACUGAUGAACCGCUCGAGGUGACACUUUGAUUGCGUUGUUUUUCUCUUCGUACAAUGCACUUCUCUCUUCUGAUUGGUCAGAGGUGGCCUCCUGACAAAUCUGGGACAGUCAUCGUCCAAUGUGUCUUGUCAGCAAUCAUAAAAGUGCCACACAAUAAUAUACCCUUGUUUAGGCUGUAAUUAUUGCUAUAAUAAGCAAUUAUGUAACAUCUGCUUGCUUUGAAGUGAUACAAUUAUGAGGGAAAGAAAUACAUAUUUGUAUUCAAAUUUCUUUUUGAAUCAGUACACAUGACAAUACACCAUGUGCUCUGAUGCUUCCUGUUAAUCAGUCCUCCUCACACAUGCAUUUAUGGAAUAUGUGCUUCAAGUUUGCAAACACUGAGAUAUAAUUAUUAAUUCCAAAUAAAACUUUACAUGGGGAAAACUC